AUGCCUUAUACGUGGAAGUUUCUAGGGAUCAACAAACAACUCUCAUUGGAAAAUGGCAUACCGCAGCUCAACCAAUUGCUAAAUCUAGAAGUGGAUUUUGAUGUUCAAACCAUUCGCAUCCCCAGCGGGCCUGAUAGUGCGUCCGCCAACGACGAAUAUAUUCGCUAUGAAUUGAAGCUGACCACUUCCGACCUGGACGAGGAAACAUACUCUAAGUUCAUUCUAUUGGGGAACUCAAAAAUGGAAGUGCCGAUGUUUCUUUGCUACUGUGGUACGAACAACCGCAACGAAGUUGUGUUGCAAUGGUUGAAGGCGGAGUUUGGCGUCAUUACGUGGGCAAUCAACUUUGAUCAGACAAUGAUGAUAAAGUUGGCGGACGCUAGCAUAGUGCACGUAACAAAGGAGAACAUCGAACAAAUUACAUGGUUUAGUUCGAAAUUCUCUCUGGAGCCGGUAACACAAGACAAAAACCUGCGGCAAUUCAAUAUAGAGAUACCAAGAGAAAGCUGCGAGGGCUUGGCUCUCGGCUCUGGCAAUACCAUGUGCCCGUAUAGCGACGCAAUUGUGCCUUACAUAUAUAAUGAAACGGGGAUGGCUCUGCGAAAAUUGCCUUUGACUUCCAUCAUAUUGGCGGGGCAUACGAAGAUAACGAGGGAGUCCAUUGUCACUUCCACACGAACCCUCAGAAACAGAGUUCUGGCAGUUGUACUACAGUCGGCACAAUUUACUAGCGAAUGA